AUGAUGGAAGAUCGUUUGAGCGAGUUAACAAAAAAAUACUGUCAUGAUGAUCGACGAUUUAGUGAUGAUUGCCAUUAUGCAUUAUACAUUAGAACAUUGGAUCAUCGUUGGAAUGUAUCCAACAUCGAAGUACCAUACAAUAGGUGCGGUAAUUUCUCGGACAUUGGAACAUUUUGUGAAAUAUGCACAGGAAAUCCAUUUGUCAAUGGUACUUGCCCAAAGAUUACCGAACAGAGAGCAGGUUCGAGUACACUUCAUUCAAUUACAGUAACCGAUUGCAGUACACUUUCACCAAAUGAAGCAACCAUUGAGAGAUUUUGUCGGAUUUGUCAUAGUUUUGCUAGUUCCGGUGAUCCGUUCAUUUCUCCAUGUCGUUGUACCGGUUCCUUAAAAUACGUCCAUAUAUCAUGCCUCUUACAUUGGUUAACAAUUUGUGCUCAUAAAUUGAAACGUCCAGCAAUAUGUGAACUUUGUCUUUACAAAUAUCGUCUACGAAAUACCGUCGAUUGGCAAAAUUUACGUUUACCAUCGAUUUCAAGAUAUGAUUUACGUUAUCUGAUAAUAUUUAUCAUAGCGGUGGCGCUAAUGCUCCUUUCUUCAAUCACAUCAUUGAUUUGCUUUUGCAUUGAAAAGAAUUUGAAAAAAAAUGAUACGAUGGAGGGCAGUCCUGAGGCAAUUGUGAAAAGAAGUGGCGAUUGGGAAACUUUAUUGAACUCAUCCACUUUACUUUCUGCCUUACUCUUCUUUACAAAUACUAGUCUGAUAAGAUAUUUGUAUCGUUUAUGGAUUAACAAUCAAAAUUGGAUGAUAGAGGAAUAUCGACCAAGUCGUGAUCAACGUUACUGCCAUAAAAUGGAACAGCUUAGAAGACGAUUAAAUGGUAAAAAUAAUACAUUUACUUGA